AAAGGGAAGUCAGAAGAGAGGUCAUUGAAAUAUGAUAUCCACCCAUACAUGACAUUCACGGGUACAGAUGGUGCCACUACUCUCCCUACGUCUCCGCCGGUCACAUGCACAGAAAUCAUAUCGCAUCAGUUACGCGACGUCACCUAGACUGCCGUUCCCUUAUGAUGAGUUUCCGUGAUCUUCCAUUCCACACAACCACGAUAUGCCCGUGCACCUUUGCUACCUCGAGGAGGAUUUCGAGAAGUUCGCCGAGUUGCGCCAUCUCUCGAUCCCUACAUCCUGCAUCCCCACCACUUGCAUACAGCUCCUCAAUGCUUAGCUCCGUAAUGUCGACGAGAUUCCCGUCGAAAUGCUUGCCCGCCACCAGAAGCUUGCUAUCACCAAGAAGCAUCUGUUCAUAUAUAACCUUGGCGCCGAGUGACCGUCGAACGGAUGAAGUUUUUAAUUCUACUGCUGUCUCCAUAGGAUCGAAUAUUCCACUCUUCGCGCACCACAAUCUCGAUGUACCAUCCUCGCAGAGCUCCCAGUCACCAUCCGAUAGCUGUCUUAUACCCUGCUUGUCGGCUUGGCCGGCGCAAGCAUCGACCUCAGCCCUUACCACGAGAUGGAGGCCACCGAGUCGUAUAAGAGAGACUCUAUGGUGUCUGAUCAGUUGCUCGGCACCCGAUUGAGGUCUUGUCAUGGCUUCCUCAAAUGCCCAUCCGUAUGUUGGCUCUCUACCAUGGUACUUCCAGCUACGAUCUACCACCGCCGGUUGGCCCUCG